AUCAAGUUCUCAUUAAUCAGUAAGUUUUGAUAAACUCAAUUAACGAUUCAAAGACUUUUUACCUUGUCAAUCGAGCGAGAGAUAGAUUACGCAAACUCCUCACAGUUUGAGUAUUCCCCAAGUUCACAUACUGUGCUUUCAAUUGAAAUUGAAAACGAAGAGUGCUUUUUAAAUGCUGUUAAAGGUUUUAUUGCGAUUUUGUAGCGAUCGUUGAGUAAGGUAUAUAAAUUUUUUGUACAAUUUUGUUUACAUUUACAUAUAUGUUUGUAAUGCCUAAUGGAAAUUUUGGUAUAUUUAUACUGGCAAUUAUCGCUUGCCACAUGAAUGCAACACUUUCUGCGAAUUUGAAUGUAGCAACGCGAGGAAUCCCUGCUCACAAGAUCACCGGGAAACCCGAACUUCGUUUAAUUGACAAGAAUAAGUCGAAUGGAAUGCAUAUAUUUGGUCAAAAGGCAAAAGAGCAAUCCAGGCUAUCUACAAAGCUUAUGCGGCUUCUGGAUGAUAGUAACAAUGCUACCAAGAUCGUAUCAAGAGGAGCACGCAAGCAGACCGAAUCUACCACCGAAGAACGAAACAAGUUCAGCUUAUCAUUGCCGAGUUUCAAAAGGAACUAUAAAGGCAACUGGGUUUAUCACAUUUGGGGCUUUACCCUUGGCAAUGUUUGGCAGGAUACGCGCUUUAGGAUACAUGGAGCAGUUACUCUACCACGGAUUUUGGUCGACUCAGAGGCAGUUAAAUCCUAUUAUCCCUUAGGAAAUUUGGGGACCGCGUGUGUAGGCAGGUCAACAAUUUAUAACUUUCCCAAAGUGAUGAGCUAUGUAAUGCCCAAAAAGCGCGCUCUGCUCCAACAUAGGCCAAUCUGGACUGAUCUUCGGCGAAAGAUUUAUUUACAGGGCCGAUCCGAGGAGUGUCAUACGAAAGAAUUUGUCAAUUGGAGAGAGUUUGCGGAGUGCCAGCUAAGACGUCACAUGCGUAUGGAAUACUUGAUUCCGAAAUACCCAUUGCAACAACUGUGAGAACCCUUGAACUUGAUCUAAUUCCUGAUCUUUCGGACAGCACUCGCCACAAAGACAAUCCAGAUUACUGUAUUUUAUUCAAUAAGUAGCAGACCGACCCUAAACAGAUUUUUUCGCUAUAUAUGUGGGUAGUGUUAGACAGAAAGAACAAUUAGAGCAUCAGACACUACAAAUAUUUGUAAUAUAAGAAUUAAGUUUUAAGUUAUUGAAAGUUCAAUUUUGAUCAGCUCAUGAUGUAUUUUGUAAAGACAAUGUUUUGAUCAACCUCGAAUACUAAAUAAUUUUAUUUAUUAAAUUUUAAAUACUAUUAUAA